AUGCCACUGAUAGCAUUCGAUCCAUUUGAUGGCUUGUUGGCACUUGCUCGGCACACACCAAUACCAACACUGAAUAGCUAUAUUGUCAUCAGUUUAUUGCUAACUGUUGGAUCCGCUUUUUAUGCUAAAUUAACUUUUACAAAAGAUGAGAUCGAGAGUCGAUUGAGAGGUAUCAAUGAAACGUUUCGGAAGACCGAUCCAACAAGUGCUUUAAUAAUACCUGGACAUCUUCAACAGUUUUACUACCUAUUACUUCAUCCUACUUUUGGAUGGGUUUUUAUCAAUAUGUUUUGUGCAGUUUUAGCAUUAAUUGCCAAGUUAGCAACGUAUGCGACAAUCGGUAAGCUGGGUGUUCAGGAAUCAGGACUUUUACGCGAUCGACUGUGUAAUUUUUUCCUUUACAAGGCGGUAUUUUUAUUUGGUGUUUUGAAUAGUGUUGUUCACGAAGAAGUUAUUGCAUGGGUUUUGUGGUUUGCAUUACUUGCAUCAGUAGCUGCUUUACAAAGUAUUAUCGCCUAUAAGUUAAAAUAUUUAAUUUCUUCAAUACCUCCAAGAAGAGUUUUAUUUCGUAUUAUGGGAUUGGCUAUUAUUUUACUGUUGAUAUCAUUUGCAUUUGUUUCAUUUGCUUUCGCUGCUUUUCGUUUAUUUUCAAUCAGCAUCGCCUUGUUUAUUCUUGCUGAUGCUCUUAAAUCAUUAUUAAGAAGUAUCUAUGUAAUAUCUAAAUGUGCUCUCCUACUCGACAUUGUUUCGGUCUAUUUAUCAUCUAUCAAUCUUACAACUUUAACAUACUAUCUGGAAUUUGUACACGAUCUUGCUAUUGAUUUCAUCGAUUUAUUGCAUUACACGCAUAUGCUGCUGUAUUCGCAAGUUGUACUGAGCAUGGCAUGCAUUGUAAUUUCCAUGCAAUUACGAUCAUUUUAUAAAUCAUUUAUUGCACGCAUCGAGCGUCAUAUUAAAUAUAAGCGUAUUUGUAAAUAUAUCGAUGCUCAUUAUCAAAAAGCAACACGGAUUGAAUUGAAUAAUUUGAAAGAUUGGUGUGCAGUAUGUUGGGAGCAAAUGGAUAGUGCUCGAAAACUUCCAUGCAACCAUUUCUUUCAUGAAUGGUGUUUACGAAGUUGGUUAGAACAAGAUAAUUCGUGUCCAACUUGUCGAUUAACACUUCCAUCUUUGAGUAAUUCAGCAGUUACACAAGGAUCACGAGAAUGGUCAAGAGCUCCAGUAGUGCAGCCUUUUAGUCAUGUCUUUCAUUUUGAUGGUACUCGUUAUGCACGUUGGUUACCAUCAUUUUCUGUUGAAUUGUCACAUAAUGUUACACCUAAUUUCUUUCAGCGUAACAGAUUUGGAGAUGCAGCUAAUUCACAGUUGAAUUCUUUGGCUGAACAAGUUCGAGAAAUGUUUCCACAUCUCGAAGUAGCUUCAGUUUUAGAAGACUUACGUGAAAGUGGUUCGGUACAGGCAACUGUGGAAAAUAUUCUCGAUGGUCGAUUUCGACAGCAAGAUAUUGCACUGGAUUCCGAUGAGGAAAUCUAUAAUGCCGUGGAUACGUCAUCAUCUAACUCCUCAACGGAAUCACUGGGUGAACAUGAAGAAAUUCUGACCCCAUCAAGCUCUUCUUUUAACUCUUAUUCGGUAGAAUAUCGCGACAUUUUUUUGCGAAAAAGAGAUAUGCUUAUACAGCACCAUCGAAAAAAAUAUAUUGCAUCAUCUCGUGGUAAAGAUCUUCGAGAUAUGUAUGGCAGAGAUAUUCAAAACACGGGAAAUUCAGAUUCAUUAAGGCAAAAAGGAGGAAGAACAUAA